UUGCUCUUUCUGUGUCGCCCUCUCCAGGAAGCUAUUUUGCCAGCCACUUCAUUAUGGGAGGAGAGAAGUUCGACUCCGCUCACCCCGAAGGCUACCUGUUCGGAGAGAACAGCGACCUGAACUUCCUGGGGAACAGACCCGUCGCGUUUCCUUACGCGGCCCCGCCUCCCCAAGAACCAGUGAAGACUCUGCGAAGCCUGAUCAACAUUCGGAAGGACACGCUGAGGCUCGUCAAAUGUGCCGAGGAGGUGAAGACCCCUGGGGAGGAGGCCGGCAAAGCUAAAGUCCACUACAACGUGGAGUUCACCUUUGACACCGAUGCCCGAGUGGCCAUCACCAUCUACUAUCAGGCCACUGAGGAGUUCCAGAAUGGCAUUGCCAGCUACAUCCCCAAAGACAGCAGCCUGCAGUCGGAGACGGUGCACUACAAGCGAGGGGUGUGCCAGCAGUUCUGCCUGCCCUCCCACACCGUGGACCCCUCCCAGUGGGCCGAGGAGGAGCUUGGCUUCGACCUGGACCGAGAGGUCUACCCCCUGGUGGUCCACGCCGUGGUGGACGAGGGAGACGAGUAUUUCGGCCACUGCCACGUGCUGCUGGGCACUUUCGAAAAGCACACGGAUGGGACUUUCUGUGUCAAGCCCCUCAAACAGAAGCAAGUAGUAGACGGGGUCAGCUACCUCCUCCAGGAGAUCUACGGCAUUGAGAACAAGUACAACACGCAGGAUUCCAAGGUCGCAGAGGAUGAGGUGAGUGACAACAGUGCCGAGUGCGUGGUGUGUCUCUCGGACGUCCGGGACACCUUGAUUCUGCCCUGUCGCCACCUCUGCCUGUGUAACACCUGCGCGGACACCCUGCGCUACCAGGCCAACAACUGCCCCAUCUGCCGACUGCCCUUCCGGGCACUGCUGCAGAUCCGAGCCAUGAGGAAAAAGCUGGGCCCCCUGUCCCCAACCAGCUUUAACCCCAUCAUCUCAUCCCAGACGUCCGACUCGGAAGAGCACUCGUCCUCCGAGAACAUUCCGCCAGGUUAUGAAGUAGUGUCUCUGCUGGAGGCCCUCAACGGGCCCCUCACCCCGUCCCCCGCGGUCCCGCCGCUCCACGUGCUUGCAGACGGCCACCUCUCAGGGAUGCUGCCCGCCUAUGGUAGUGACGGCCACCUGCCCCCGGUCAGGACGCUCUCCCCCCUCGACCGCCUGUCCGACUGCAGCAGCCAAGGACUGAAGCUCAAAAGGAGUCUCUCCAAGUCCGUGUCCCAGGACUCCUCCGUGCUACAGGAGAGCGACGGGCGGUCCCGCAGCGAAUCCGAGGCGCGUGUCUCCCCGCGGCCGGCUGCUCAGCGCCUGGGAGAGGAAUGUGGCGUCACUCCAGACAGCGAGAAUCUCACCUUGUCGUCAUCAGGAGCCAUCGACCAGUCGUCUUGCACAGGGACGCCCCUCUCUUCCACAAUUUCCUCCCCGGAAGACCCCGCCAGCAGCAGUCUGGCCCAGUCGGUCAUGUCCAUGGUGUCCUCCCAGAGCCAGCACUCCCAGAUCAGCACCGACACGGUCUCCUCCAUGUCUGGCUCCUACAUCGCCCCCGGCACCGGCACCGAGGACGAGGGAGAGGCUCUCCCUUCCCCGCUGGCCGCCAGCAGGGCCGCCUCAGAGGAAGGAGAGGCGAUGCCAGGGGCGUCUCCAGACAGCAACUUCAUGGGCCUCGCAGAGGAGCAGGAUGCGGAGGGAAAUGAUGUUACAGAGGAAGACGGCGGAUCACCCACACAGGAAGAUGGCCAGAGGACAUGCGCAUUCCUAGGUAUGGAGUGUGACAAUAACAAUGACUUUGACAUCGCAAGCGUGAAAGCACUGGACAAUAAGCUGUGCUCUGAGGUCUGCUUACCCGGCACCUGGCAGGCUGAUGACAACGUUGUCAGUCGUCGGAACACAAGGCGCCGGCGCCUGUCCUCCAGCAGCCUGGAGGAUGCUGAGACCAGGUCCUGCGUGUGGGGUCCUCUGGCCGUCUGAGAGCCCCACCCCCAGGCCGGAGCUCCCUCCUGUCCCCGAGUCCCAUCCAUGGCCUCCUGGGCAUCCUCAGCAGGACACGCAGACUUUUACACCCACGUGGAAGCCGGGUGUGGAUGUCAGCCUGUUCUUUGUCCGUCUCAUCUCUUUCCAUAACCAUGACCCCGUCCCUCCUUCCUCGCGGGCUGAAGGCACCAGGUGAACAGCUCACAAGACCUUUUGCAGAGGCUCUGGAACGUCUCCACUGGAUCUUGAUCUUCAGCUGGAGCCAAGGCCCGCAGGCUGGUUGUUUCUGGAGCAUCUUUUUUCUCCUUGGGGGUAGACCAAGAAGACUUGGAGUUUUAGUGGCUGCAUUGCAGACACCCAUCUGACAUUUCUUGGUGUCUGGGACGUCAUAACCAAUUUGAAACCUCCAGUUGGAGGUGGGUUUGGGGGAUGACUCCUGUGAGAAGGGAAAGCCAUAUUGCACUAUAAGUGGAGUUUCCCUCAAGGACAGGAGACAUGGUGGCAACCAGAAGGUAGGUUGAAAAAACAGUUCUUGCUUCUGGCAGGCGAGCUAGUCUCCUGUGCCUCAUGUUUCUGCCUGCUUAGGAAGGAGGCCUUGAACCUGAAAAUCCCGUUACAUGACCACUCACAGGAGGGUUUGUUAGGAUCAGGUGCAUUCAUGAAGGCCUGGGGCUCCAUCCUAAGGUGACAUCUCAAAAAACAUGUUUUUGACCACCUCUCUGUACCAGGAACUGUUUCAUCACUAUGGCCCAUUAGGUGGCACUCAUCCCUAUGUUCCCCGUCUCCACCCCUUUUUGUUAAUAGUUGAAGAAAUAGGCUGAGAGAGGGGUGGACCAGUGAUCCUCCAACCAGUGCCCAGGAUUCCCAGAGGAGGUGGUGGAGAGCACUGAGCUGGGCAGCAGUGGGCUGGGCGCCUGGUGGCUGGAGCCAGGGCCUUCACCCCUGGGAGCCUCUCCACCCCACGUUUUCUUCCCCUGCCUUCCAGUUCUCCUGAGCCUGAUAGGGGAAUGGGAGGUAUUGCCUUCCACAGGCUCUUUAGAGAUUUAGAGAGAUUGUUCAAAUCAUGUGCUCCCCCCUCAGCUCAGCGUAAGGCAUAUAAACAAAAGCCUGAAGGGCAAGGCUAGGCCAGACCAUGAGCUGGUGGGUGUUUCUCCUCUCUCAACACGAGCGCUGUGGAUUCCACAUAGUUCUGGGGUAAACGCUUUGUUCACUGGCUUUUGGAAAAGGCGGUUAUUCAGUGGAGCAGGGGUUGGAAGCCAAACUGAGUACAGCACUUCGUGAGGCUGAGAUGAGGAGCCUCGGGCUGUGCCCAUCCUGAUGGCUUGUCUUAGUAUUUAGAAUUGUUGCCUAGAAGAGUUUCUCAGGGCCCUUUCCAAGGCCUCCAAGAGAGCCCAGUGCCCCGAGGAUCCUUUGCACCUUCUGUGUGGCUUCUCUGCACCCCAGGCAGGUGGGGACCCUCACGCUGCCUAGUGGUUGUGGCUCACAUUCAGGGGGAAGAGUCCUGCUGUUCUGACAGACGUGACAUGAGCCAAGCUGGAAUCGAAGCUUCUGUCUUGAGUUCCCAUGUCCACCCUCUCCGAAGUCCAGCAGAGUCCUCUGCUGGUUCAGGCCCCACUUCAUGUCCUUCCUUUCCCUGAACAUUCUCUCAGCCCCUUUCAUAUUUAAGAUCUGAGCAAUAACCCCACUCCCUGAUUUCCUUGAAGUUUGAGGCCCAGAAACACCAGAGAAUGGGUUUUUCCCCUAGCCUAGGGUAACAGCACACAGACCCACCUGCUCUCCCGGCAGGUGGUAGUCACAGUGUGGUGUCACCUGAGAUGAAGGAAAUGCAGGUAAACAGUGGCCAGGAACCCUAAGAGGAAGCCGUCACCUUCAGCCUUUCUGAGGGGUCUGUGUCCUUGCCCAGGGAGAGGCUCAGAAAGAUUCUUGUAGGCCUUGGUUGCAUAACCAAGACAUCUGCAUUACAGAAUGGCCCUUCAGUCCUUGUGUUUCAUACUUCCUGUCCUCUCCCCUAUGCCCCCCCCCCCUUUGUUCUCAUUUAGAUCUUUGGCAAGCAGAAAUAUCCCAUCCAAAGAGGCUGGUCCUCAGCCUGAUCAGGGGACAGGGUCAAUGCCAGCCCUACUGCCCCAUCCAUCACCUGGACACCAUCGUGUUGUGAGCAGAUGACCCAGAGAGAAUGGAUGGGGCCUGGCUUCUCACACGAGGGCACAGACUAACUGGAGGCCUGUCACUCCUUCCUGCCACUCAGGUCUGAGCUCUCCCAUGGCCUCCAGGUGAUCCUGGCCUCCUUGAAGAGCCUUCUUUCCAUCCCACCAGAGUUCAUGCCCACGCUGGGGCAUCUCUUGGGCACCAGACCCACACACUUUAAGCCAUCUCACCCGGAGAGGGUUAGCAUCCCGUCCACCUGAUCUCGGCACGCUUGUUGCUCCCUCUGCUUUCGGAUCUGCACACCUGGCGUGUGCGCGGCUGUGUGUAUACUGUUGUGCCGUCUGUGGACCCCUCUCACUCCCUGGAGUUACACUUGUGGGCACACUACAGUGGGGACAUCAAGGAUGCAAUAUUUAUGGAUUGCUGCAUGAUUCCUAAAACUGAAUAAAACUGUUUACAAGGGAAGGAGA